CCACGUACACUCAACUCUUGAUUUUUUUUCCAUUCACUAUCACCAUAGAUUUUUUCCAUGAUGAAGCAAGACAAGUCCAACAUUUCCAGUAAAAAAAGAAAAAGAAAUGUACAAACUUAAAGCUUCAAAAAGAAAACUGGGACUGGAGUGGACUUAGCAAAUGGCCAUAGCACUGGUUAUUCACUCUGCAAAACCAUUCUCACCAAACCAACCUUUCUGUUUUACUACUCCCCAUCAUCUUAAAUUCCACCAUUUUCAUAACCAAAAAUUUAUUCCAAGAAUACCCUUUUCAUCUUUCAGAAACAACAACAACAACAACCCUUUACCAGAAACUGAGUGUCCAGUGCCAUUAGAACAGCAACCUGUUAAUGAAUUCAAGUCCCUUUGUGAUUCUUUCCCAUUUUCAUGGGCUUCAGGUGACUUAGUUGAGUACUGUUCCCGUUUAUUUGCUACUGGACUUGUUUUUGCACUUUUUGUGGGCCUGCCUGUUAACUUAUUCGGGUCGGUUGGACCCGUACCCGAACCACUUAAACCAUUCUUGGGUGCUGUUUCUGGUGGACUUAUUGUUGUCACUUUGGCUGUUGUAAGGAUGUAUCUUGGUUGGGCUUAUGUUGGUAACAGAUUGCUCAGUGCUACUGUUGAAUAUGAAGAGACAGGAUGGUAUGAUGGCCAGAUAUGGGUGAAGACUCCUGAAGUUUUGGCACGGGACCGCCUUUUGGGUUCUUUCUCAGUCAAGCCUGUCCUGAGUAGAUUAAAGAACACCUUGGUAGUUCUUGCAACAUCAUUGCUUGUGUGUGUCGUCGUUUUUAUCAAUAUUGAGAAUGGCCAAAAGGAUGCUUAUAUACCACCUGAAGAAGCUGGUGGUAGAUCAGUACCAGGAGUCUACAAUGACGAGUCUGCAAGAUCAUUUGAACCAGAUGCAUUUUGUGGUGGUGAACCUGCUGGUCCUUAAUUCAUAAUAACUGCUAGGCAUUCUUCAUGCAGUUCUGUAUAUGCUACCUUGUAUUAUGUCAGCCUCAUGUGUACACUGUACAGUAAUAGAUUUAAUGCAUAUUCUUCUAUCUCCAUUAUGCAUUAAUACAGUUAAUUUUGAUGCUA